CCCCUCACCUGCCUCUGAGCUGCUACCUCCCUCAAACCCCUGUUGUAAAUCGAUACUAUCUUCCACUUCCUCCUCCCUGGAAAGGUCAGGAGGUGGAGGCAGUCUCCACCACUCCUCUGCUCACUCCCUGACACAAAGGACUUCUGCUGUGUCUAUUUGAGAUCUGGCUGCUACUGAUGCACAACUACAGGUCCAAGAUGUGGCUAUUUUGGGGAGUGGCCUGCUUAGUCCAACAGGCUCUGACAUCUGAAGAAUUCAGCAGUAGAAGACAUCUGAAUCCUCAAGAAUUUAUGACUAUUCCCGAAGUUAUCCAGUACUGGGGAUACCCCAGUGAAGAGUAUACAAUCCUGACAGGGGAUGGCUAUUACCUGCAGGCAAACAGAAUUCCACAUGGAAGACAUAGUUCUGGGAAGACAGGGCCUAAGUCAGUUGUGUUAUUGGUACCUGGUAACCUUUGUGAAGGCAGGAGCUGGAUUUCAAAUCUUCCCAGCAAUAGUCUGGGAUUUGUUCUAGCAGAUGCUGAUUAUGAUGUCUGGAUAUUAAAUAACAGGGGGACCACCUGGUCUAGAAGACAUCAGCACUUCUCAGUAGACCAAGAAGAAUUUUGGAAUUUCAGCUUUCAUGAAAUGGCAAUUUAUGAUAAUCCAGCAGCCAUAGACUUUAUUCUGCAGAAAACUAAGCAAAAAAGCUUGUAUUAUAUUGGCCAUUCCCAGGGAGGUACAACGGGUUUUAUUGCCUUUUCAACCAUGCCACAGCUUGCUCAAAAGGUUAAACUCUUCAUGGGCCUGGCUCCUGCCUACACAUUGGACGGCAUGAAAGGAGUCUUUUCCUUAAUUCUACGCCUUCCUCAAGAAUUGAUAAGAAUUAUGUGCGGCAGUAAUGAACUCUGCUUUUUCUAUAACAAACUAAAAGCCAACAAUGCCAAGUGGUGCAGCUAUCCAGGGAUUGACAAACUUUGUCUCCAAAUCAUGUCCUUAUUCCAAGGACGCAAUGAGAAAAACCUAAAUGUGAGUCGAGCAGAUGUGUAUCUUGGAAUUUACCCUGAUUUUACUUCUGCAAAAACUAUUGCACACUGGAGUCAGGUUGAUAAAACCAACCAACUUAAGUAUUUUGAUUAUGGAUCAAAGAACAAAGCUGUCUACAACAUGAGUACACCCCCAUUUUAUAAGAUAGAAGACAUUACUGUGCCAACAGCUGUGUGGAGUGGUGGGAAUGACAUUGUUGUAACCAAAAAGGCUGUUGAACAGCUGCUCCCUCGAAUCCCUCAUUUAGUUUUCUAUAAGAAUAUUCCUGAAUGGCAACAUUCGGAUUUUAUCUGGGGUCUUGAUGCACCAGACAAGUUGUUUAAGGAUGUGCUUUCUCUGAUGCAAAAGUUCAAAUAAUGUCUUAAUAUGAGGGGCAAACUAUAUAUCUGAUAUUAAUGCAGACACAUUUUUUAAAAAAUUUACAUUUAUUGUUUUCUGUACUGAUGUUCUUCUUUUCUGUCGCAAAUAAUAUUAAAGGUUGGCUAGCAAUAACAAAAGGAUCUACGGAAGAAAAACACACAACAAAAUUGAUAGUAAAAAUGUAACAACAUGCAGGGGCACAGCCUCUAGUACUACUUAUUAUUAUAAUAUAUAUUCAUAUUAUAUUGUGUAACCAUGCAUUAUAGAAUAAACUUGCUUCUGUUCUUCAAUGAAUCAUGGAAUUCUUUGCCAAUACGAAGGGACCCCCAAAAGGCCAAAGAAUAUGCAGCUUGGAAUAACUUUUUGUAUUCCAGCGGAAGGUACUCCAAUUCCGACUAACCCACGCAACCAGAGGUCAGUGAGGGAAAUGUCACACAUUGCUCAGGUUUGGCUAUCAAGACCAUGAGCCUCCAUAGGGCGGCUGUCUCUUAUUUUAGCAAAUGUUUUCAACUGCUUGACCCCUGUAAUACCUUCCACGUAAAAGAAGCUAAUCGCUGGCUGGCAUUGUGUACACCUGGCUUUGCCAGACACAAGGGAGCCUAUUACUGUUGAGACUUUGCGGCUGAUCUGGGGCAAGUUUGUUGGUCCAGUUUUGAGGUCCAGUUAUUUGCAGUUUGUCUCGGUACCUGGCUCUUGCUCCAGCAUGGAAUGACCGGGGG